CACAUUUAUUCAAACAGGAAACCAAUAGGAGUGUUAAUCCAUAAUGGAAAAAUUAUCUUCUUUCCAAGGGAAUAAUUCUUGGAAACUCUUUCAAUUGGCAAAAGAAUUGGAUAAAUCCAAAUUUUUCCUGACCUUAUUGACAGAAUUUCAAUAUAAAGUACUUUCAUACUUACUUUCUAAAGAUGAUUAUAAGUUAUGGACAUACUUUAUUGAGGGGAACUGUACGUUGAGGAUAGACAAGAAGGAAGUAGAAGGGGCCGUGGAUAAGCCCCAGGGAUCCCAGAAGAAGGAUAAAGACGAUGAAGAAGAAGAAGAAGAUCAUUAUGAGGAAGGCUAUGAACCCUUAAAGUCCCUAGCAUUACACGUACGUUAUCUUCUUUGGGAAAAGGCUAUCGAUUUCUAUUACUCUUGUAAGGAUCUUGAUAGGUCAAUGAACACCAUUGAAGAAGUUUCUGACGAUUAUGAAUUGAUAGAUAGGAUUGAUAAUGCCGAAAUGGAAUCUUCAAAGGCUGAUAACGUACCAGAACUGAAUAUUGAAAAAGAGGUACGAGAUGUAGAUGAUGAUUAUGAUGAUGAUGAUGAAGAAGAAGAGGAUGAAGGAGAAAAGGGCAAAAAUGACAAAUCGCCAGGGACAAAAAAAGAUGAAGAUGAAUCUUCACAAUCAGAAAUUAAUGAUCAAAAUCAACUUGUAUUUGAAAUCCCAAUAUCUGUAUUCCGUGAUAAGGAAACAAGUUCGAAUAAUAAUAAAGAGAAUCCUGAGGAAAAGCCUACAUCCAAUAACUCCAUUUCUGGUACCAAUGUGGCUGCAGCAAGCUCCAUGGCAGCUGAGGACUUGGGAGCUUCCGUAGAAGAUCAAGAACGUUUAAUUAAAGAAUUCAAUAAAGUAUAUCAUAACUUUGAGUAUGAUAGAGAAACUUUAAGUAAAAGAAGAAAGUUGGAGAAGUCAGAUAAACAAUUGGAAGAAUUAUCAACAUCAGGAAUCGAGAAUAACAUUAAUGGGGGGAGUCAACAAAAUACGUCAGAUAAUCAAAAAUUGGGGAUUAAUUUAGGUUCAGCAUCACUUUCAUUAAAGCAUUUAUUGAAAACAAUUCAACAACAAAGAGAUGAAAUUGAUCUUAAUGAUUUUGAACUUCGGACUUUAUUUAUGGAUGUACGAAAAAAUCGAGGUAAAUGGGCCAGUGAUGAAAGAGUAGGACAAGAGGAACUCUAUGAAGCUUGUGAAAAGGUUGUUAUGGACUUAAGAGGUUAUACUGAACAUUCAACCCCAUUUUUAAAUAAAGUGUCUAAACGUGAAGCUCCAAAUUAUGGACUUAUCAUCAAAAAACCAAUGGAUUUGAAUACUGUGAUGAAGAAAUUGAAAGGUUUACAGUAUAAUUCAAAGCAACAAUUUGUGGAUGACUUAAUGUUAAUAUGGUCCAAUUGUUUAGCAUAUAAUGCUGAUCCAAAACAUUUUUUGAGAGCCCAUGCUAUUGCUAUGCAAAAAAGAACUUUGAAAUUAACUCCUUCUAUUCCUGAUAUAACCAUACGAAGCAGAACCGAUGUUGAAAAAGAGGAAGAGAUGGAGAAUGAAGUUAAAGGUACACCAGUUGCACUGGGAAAAACACAUUCUAAAAAGGGUAGAAAACGUACUCGAGAGGGUGGAACAGGUGAAGAUGAUGAAGUUGACGAUAAACAAGGAAAUGGUGAUUCUGCAGAUGGUACUGUUAAUGAGAAUCAGGUUGAAGUGAAAUCUGAACAAACCAAUACAGGUAUCAAUAAACAAGAUCAAGAAUCACAGAAUGGGGAUACUACACAUGAAAGAGGAGAUUCAGAAAUGGUUGACACAAAUGUUGAACAAAUAGAAGAAGAUGAUGAUGAUGAUGAAGAUGUAGAACAUCGUGGUGAUGAUAAUGAAGAAAAUGGUGAUGAAAUUGAUUUUGAAUUGCAGGCAUGGAGAUCUAUGACUGCCAAGUCGAGGGCAAAUUAUUGUGCUAAAAGAUCUGAUCUUUUUGAUGAAAAUAUGAAAUUAAGACCAGAUGCAGAAGCAAUAUUAAGAGAGUCUGGAGAAAUGACUAAUUUCAAGUAUUAUUUGACCAAUGAACAUGUAAUUUCUAAAAAUAAUAAUCUUCUUGAAAAUGAUGAACCAUAUUUAUUAGAAUAUGAUAUUAUGGGAGGAUUACCUGGUUAUAAAUAUUCCGGAUUCAAUGAAGAAAGUGAAGAAAAGAAAGAACAAAAAUUAGUGGACAUCUACUUGCAGCAGGCUGGCGGGGAUGCAAACAAGAUAAAAUCAAAAUUUGUUCUACCAAUAAAUAAAGGGUUAAACAAAGUAUAUUAUGAAAUCAUUGGUAAAAUUCAAGAAAUUAGAAAGAUUUGUUUCAAAAUUUCACUUAUUAGACAAAUGCAAACCCAACAAUUUGUACAUCAUACACAAAUGAAACAACCAGAAGUUGAAUCAAUAAAGGAAGUUGACAUCGAUCCAGUUUCAAAGCUUUCAAAUCAUGAACCAUUUACUCAAGAAAUUCAGUAUGCCGUAUUAAGAAGAGCAGUUGGUAAAAUAGCUAUGCAAACAGGUUUUGAAAGUACUGAGCCAUUUGCUAUCAAUGCAUUAACUCAAGUUGCAGAAAAAUAUUUUGCAAAUUUAGUUAAAACUCUUAAAUUACAUACUGAGACAACUUCAUCCAACAAAUUAACCAAAAAGGAAGCCUUAUUGGCAACCUUGCUUGAAAAUGGGGUGAAUAAACCAGAUGAUCUUUAUACAUUUGUAUCGGAAAGAAUCAUAAAACAAGAAGAAAAAUUAAAAGAUUUAAAGGUUAAAUUAUCAAAUUUUUUAAAAGAAUUACUCAGACCAGGAUUGGAGAAUUUUAAUGAGAAAAGUUUUGAUGAUAACAGUGAACAAUUCAUGACUGGUGAUUUUUCAAGUGAUUUAGGAGAUGAUUUCUUUGGAUUUAAGGAAUUAGGGUUGGAUAAAGAGUUUAGAAUGUUGAGUUCAUCUAUCCCGAUUUAUUUACUUCAUUCAAGGUUGCAUAACAAUUAUUCUUCAUCUGGAAGUGUUAGUAAAAAGAACAAAUAUGAAGAUUUAAUUGAAUUAAAGGAUCCUAAGUUAUUUGCAUCAGAUAUAUCAAAGCAAAUUUCAGUCUUACUGCAAUUUUAUAACAAUUUACUUGAAAAAACUAAGGUUCAUUAUGUUAAACAACAAAAGAAGAAGGGUGAAAGUACAGAAUUACCUGAAGAUGAUAAAUUCCCAUUAAUUGAAGAUGAUGAAUUACCUCAAAAGCAAAGAAAUAUUCGUCCAAGAUUGCCACCUACAGGGAAAAUUGUCUCGAUCAAGAAAAGAUUAUUAUCAAAUGCCUUCUUUUUACCGGAUGAAGCAGAGGAAGAAGAAGAAGAAGAAGAAGUUAAACUCGAAUUAAAUGAAAACAAAGAAGAUAUGAUCUAG